UAGCCGCACCGGAAGUGGUGUCGGGUCUUCGCGGAUGGCGGCGGUGGUGGCGGCGGCAGCGAUGACGGCAGCGGGCUGCGGAGGGGCUGGGGCAGCCCGCUCCCUUUCUCGUUUCCGAGGCUGCUUGGCCGGCGCGCUGCUCGGGGACUGCGUAGGCUCCUUCUACGAGGCGCACGACACCGUCAACCUGACGUCAGUCCUGCAUCACGUCCAGAGCCUGGAGCCGGACCCAGGCUCGCCUGGGAGCGCGCGGACAGAGACUUUGUACUACACAGAUGACACAGCCAUGUCCAGGGCCCUGGUGCAGUCCCUGCUGUCCAAGGAGGCUUUCGACGAAGUGGACAUGGCUCACAGAUUUGCUCAGGAGUAUAGAAAAGAACCCGACAGGGGUUAUGGUGCCGGAGUAAUCACCGUCUUCAAGAAGCUCCUGAGCCCCAAGUGCCGAGACGUCUAUGAGCCUGCUCGGGCCCAGUUUAACGGGAAAGGCUCCUAUGGCAACGGGGGUGCCAUGCGGGUGGCUGGCAUCUCCCUGGCCUAUAGCAGCAUCCAGGAUGUGCAGAAGUUUGCCCGGCUCUCGGCCCAGCUGACACACGCCUCCUCCCUCGGUUACAACGGUGCCAUCCUGCAGGCCCUGGCCGUGCACCUGGCCUUGCAGGGGGAGUUGUCCACUGAGCACUUCCUCCAGCAACUCCUGGGCCACAUGGAAGAGCUGGAGAGUGAUGCCCAGUCUGUCUCAGAUGCCAAGGAGUUGGGCAUGGAGGAGCGUCCGUACUCCAGCCGCCUGAAGAAGAUCGGAGAGCUUCUGGAACAGGACUCGGUGACCAGAGAGGAAGUGGUGUCUGAGCUAGGCAAUGGCAUUGCUGCCUUUGAAUCUGUGCCCACUGCCAUCUACUGCUUCCUGCGCUGCAUGGAGCCCGACCCCGAGAUCCCCUCUACUUUCAAUAGCCUCCAAAGGACUCUCAUCUAUUCCAUCUCACUUGGUGGGGACACAGACACCAUUGCCACCAUGGCUGGGGCCAUUGCUGGCGCCUACUAUGGGAUAGAACAGGUGCCAGAGAGCUGGCAGCAAAGCUGUGAGGGCUAUGAAGAGACAGACAUCCUGGCCCAGAGCCUGCACCGAGUCUUCCAGAAGAGUCCGUGAGGGCCGCAGUUGCUGGGGCUCCGCCACGUCCAGCGGGACCAACCUCAGCUCAGGUGGGAAACCCUGAGCCUCAUCGGACUUUGCUCCCUGCCUCAGCCUUCCGGCCACGUGGGCGGACUACACUCCCAGGGCUGGGGUCUCUUUGGGGGAGGUCGUUGGAACAGUGGGUGAGGGACUGGUGCCGCCCUGGUGCUGGGUUUCUGGCUUGCUGCAGAGCCUCGGGCACCCCUGGCUCCUCAGUUGGACAGGAGGAACCAGGGCAGGUUUUAUUGGAGGCUACCUGUGGCGUUUUCCUUUAUUAUCUAGGACAUGGAACUGGGGAGGUGGAAAUGGUCUGCAGCAGUAUCACUUCUCGGUGGGAUUUAGCCAGUUUGCCCGAAAGCCUGUCUUUGACUGGGCAGGGCCCCAGUGGCAGGUUUCUCUGGACGGAAGAGACGGACACUUGAACCUAGCCAAUCUCCAUACACGUCUGGCCCUUGGCUGUCGCGGGGCUUAACAGCUUCCAGCAGGAGUCACAGCAAUAAACCGUUUUUGGUAAAUCCCA